GAUUUGAUGUGAAUCCAUAAAACUAACCAUUCCCUUUCCCUUUCCCUCUCCCUCUCCCCCUCCUCCUCCUCAUUUUCUUCCUUUUUUCCGUUGUCGCACGACUUCCUUCCAGUGGCGUCGAAGAAUCAGCAAAAGGUGACCUUGAGUUUCGUCGGUGAUUAAUCCAUCUUCGCUCGUCACUCAUUUUGUCCUACAUCUCUCUCUCUCACUCUCUCUCUCUCUCUCUCGUCGCUCUCAACUCUCACAUUCACCCAAAGCUUCCUCCUUCACCCACCUGGAGCUGGGAUCCCGAUUCGAAUAUUCACCAGCAAGGUUCCCACAUAAGCCUCUCCCGCUCUGCUCACCUUAGCAGCGAUUCACUAUCAUCUCUUUAUAUAAUUAUUUUUUUCCGACUUCGCCCGUUAUCUUUCCAUUGAAUCUUCCCACAGAGCCUUGUUCAUACAUAGCCCGGCACCUUAUCCGACUUCGGCCAUCUUGGUAUAAUACUCUUUCGUGUCUACAACAAUCUUCCUCUUCCUUUUGCAACGCAGCUUCCUCUCGCCUCAACACCCUUUCGAUCGGAAGACACCCACACCUCACUUGCUCACCUAGAGUUUGCUACUUGUGACCGAGGUCAACUGUGUUCAAGAUGGUUGUGGAAUACAAUGGUACGAAUGCAGCUGGGGGUGAUUCGCUGACGGAGGAUCUCAACAUCUUUUAUGAUGCUGGUGAUAUUGCUUGGAUGAUCACUUCCACAGCUUUGGUCUUGCUUAUGAUUCCUGGUGUCGGUUUCUUCUAUUCCGGUCUUGCUCGUAGAAAGUCCGCUCUGUCGUUGAUUUGGCUCUCCAUCAUGGCUACCGCAGUAGUCUCUUUCCAAUGGUUCUUCUGGGGUUACUCUCUUGCCUUCUCUCACAGCGCUGGAAAAUAUAUUGGUGAUUUGGAAAAUAUCGGCUUCCGAAAUGUCCUUGGAGCACCAUCUGUCGGUUCCACCAAAAUCCCCGAUCUCAUGUUCGCCGUCUACCAGGGUAUGUUCGCCGCCAUCACUGUAGCUCUCGCCGUUGGUGCCGUCGCAGAACGUGGUCGCAUGCUUCCAACCAUUGUUUUCAUGUUCGUUUGGUCGACCAUUAUUUACGAUCCCAUUGCUUGCUGGACCUGGAACGCCUCCGGAUGGGUUUUCAAGAUGGGCGGUCUCGACUUUGCUGGUGGAACUCCUGUGCAUAUUUCUUCGGGUUGUGCAGCUCUCGCAUACAGUAUCAUGUUGGGCAAACGUCGUGGACAUGGUACUCACGAAUUGAAUUACCGCCCACAUAACGUUACACACAUUGUUAUUGGAACCGUUUUCCUGUGGGUUGGGUGGUUUGGUUUCAAUGCUGGUUCCGCUCUUGCAGCUAACAUGCGCGCUGUUAUGGCCGCAGUUGUUACCAACUUGGCAGCUUGUGUUGGUGGUAUCACAUGGUGUGUUCUCGACUACCGUCUUGAGCGCAAAUGGUCUACCGUCGGUUUCUGCUCCGGUGUUAUUGCUGGUCUCGUCGCUAUCACGCCAGGAUCUGGUUUCGUUCCUGCUUGGGCUUCCAUCAUCUACGGUGUUGUCGGAGCUGCCGGCGCCAAUUAUGCUACCAAACUCAAGUUCGUCCUCGGUGUCGAUGAUGCUCUCGAUAUCUUCGCCGAACACGCCGUUGGUGGUAUCAUUGGAAACAUUCUCACCGCUUUCUUCGCUGCUGAUUACAUAGCUCAUCUUGAUGGUUUCACCGAGAUUCCAGGUGGAUGGCUUAACCGAAACUGGGUUCAACUCGGCUACCAACUUGCUGAUUCUGUUUCCGGUGGUGUUUACUCUUUCGUUGGAACAUGCAUCAUUCUCUUCAUCAUGAACCUCAUCCCCGGUCUCUCACUCCGCGCCACCGAAGAAGCUGAAAUUCUCGGUAUCGAUGAUGCUGAGAUUGGUGAGUUCGCUUACGAUUACGUUGAGCUUACUCGUGAGGUCUUGAACGACACAUCCGAGACUGGAAGCAGAUACUCUGGUCGCGAAACUGCGACCACUCCUUCUCCUCAUGAGAAGGAAGCUAGACAUUCCGCUCAAGAUAUGGAAGCAUAAAUUAUCAACUUUGAUAUUUAACUUCAGUCUUUAGCCUUCUUUGUCUUUCGUCUUUUUAGACGCACAGCGACUUCGCAUAGAUAUGGUCUUGAACAAUCAUGAUUCUCGAUUCGUAAUUUUAUUUUCCUUUUUUUACCUACUUCUUCGCCAUGAUAUCAAAUUCAAUGUUUAUUUUUUUUCCCCCAAACCAAGAAAGCUAGCAACUCACUCGAGAUACCACAUUUUUUCUUUUCCUUCAAUCUUUUUUCUUCGAUGUAUGAAACUGAGGUUUACUUACGGCAUACAUCUGUACGGUGACUAAACAUGCAAAUUUUUGCGUGUAGUUUCUGACUUUUUGUAUUUAUUGACCAUUGAAUGGAUGGUGAAAAAGUUGGUUGCGGGCGGGGGGAGUGAGGCUUUUUUCUUGCAUGGUGUUCCUUUUUUAAAAAUCUCGAUUCGGAAUCUGAUUUGUAUGUACCGUAGCA